AUGGAAACCUCAGACAGAGACGCCUUCUUCCAGACAGAUGCCUCCAACGCUGAGAGGGAGCGCAAGGCUCUCAAGUCCAGCAACAAGAAUGGCGACCCCAUCGCCAUGAAGUCCAAGAUCCUCGCUGCCGUCCCAGACCCCUUUUCGCCCUCAACCGCCAUCUUCAUCGCCGAAUCGGCAGGCUUCGUCCGCCGCAUAGACCUCUCAUCGGGCUCUACAAAAACCACCUACCGCGGCCCCAAGGCUCCCGUAACGUGCGUCGCCGUCGGCGGCACCGCCAACAAGACCGUCUUCGCCGGCUGCUGGGACAAGGACAUCUGGUCCUGGGACGUUGAGACCGCCCAGCCCGGCCGCAAAUUCAGCGGCCACGCCGACUUCGUCAAGGUCGUCCUCUGCGCCAGGAUAUCCGGCAAGGAGAUCCUCAUCAGCGGCGGCGCGGACAAGAAGAUCCUCGUCUGGGACAUCGAGUCCGGCAGGCGUCUGCACACCCUGCAGGACCCGACGACGACGAUGCUCGCCGUGCAGCACAUCGCCGUCGACCCCGUCCUCAGCACGCCCGACGCCGUCGUCGUAGCCAGCGCCAGCAGCGACCCUCACAUCCGCAGGUGGAAGAUCACGCUCGACGGCUUCGAGCAGCUGCCCGAGGCCUUCCACGACCGACCCGAUGCGGAGAAGCUCACCAUCGCCGAGCACGACACGAGCGUCUACAAGCUCGUGUUCGAUGUCGACGCUGAGGACGGCGAUCUCUGGACCGCCAGCGCGGACGGCACCGCAAAGUGCCUGUCUCGCGCGCGCAACUUUGCCGCCGACGAUGUCUAUGUGCACGGCGACUACGUCCGCGCCGUGAUCCCCACCGAGAGCUGGGUCAUCACUGCUGGCCGGGAUGAGAAUGUCAAGGUUUGGGACCGGGCUUCGGGGAAGCUGUAUUGCACGCUUGAGGGGCACUACGAGGAGGUGACGGAUCUGAUUCUGCUGCGCGACUCGCGAGGGCUGCCUGACAAGGUCUGCAGCGUGAGCAUCGAUGGCACCAUUCGUACGUGGCCCCUGAACAAGGGCGACUUGGACGAGGUGGUCAAGAAGAUUGAAGAGUCCAAGAAGCCGGUGGAGCAGGAAGCUCAACCCGGGGGAGGCAGCCUGUUGACUGCAGAGGAGGAGGCGGAACUGGCUGAGCUGAUGGAGGACUGA